CCCCAGUGACCAGUGUAGAAUUCGAAGCUGCCAAACCAGCCAUGGCCGCGUCCGUGGACCCUCUCGCCGGCGUCGUGCUCCUCUUCCUCCUCCUGCUCCAAGCCACCCACGGAGGAGGCGUGGCGGGCGGCGCAUCGCUGGACGGGUACGUGCCGGUGCGCACGGUGGUGUACCGGUCGGCACCGGCGGCGUCGGCGGCUUGGACGGCGGCGGCGUACGCGCCGUUCGAGCUGUGCAUGGGGUGCCGGUGCUGCCCGCCGGGCGCGGGGGUGGCGAACAACAGCUCGUCGUGCGUGGACACGAGCUGCUGCUACGGCAUCGACUGCAACAUCCCCGGCAAGCCCUUCGGGACCUGCGGCUUCACCCCGCGCACCUGCGGUUGCGGAGACGCCGCCACCGGCAGCAACUGCCCGUCGGCGCCCUCCCCGCCUAGCUAG